AUGCGCACUGAGGCUGGAGCUGCAGCAGCUGCUGGUGGCCCAGGGCGUCUGGGAGCCGUGAUCGAGGUUGUGCGCAGCAACCGGCUGGGCAAGAGGGUCCGGGUGAAGUGCAACGCCCACGACUCCAUCGGGGACCUGAAGAAGAUGAAACGAGAGCUUCCUGAAGAAGUGGUGCACGUGUUCAAGGACCACAUGACCCUGGGGGAUUAUGAAAUCCAGGAGGGAAUGAACCUGGAGCUCUGUUACCAAUAG